AUGACCGACUCGCAACCCAACCGUCAGCUGCAUCUUACGGCCUUCAUGCGGCCAGUCUCACUGCACACAGGUGCAUGGCGUUAUCCCGGGUCAUAUCCCGACGCCAAUUUCAAUUUCAAACACAUCGCCCAGUUCGCCCAAAAGCUAGAGGCCGCCAAAUUCGACGCCUUCUUUAUGGCUGAUCACCUGGCCGUACUGAACAUGCCCGUCGAAGCUCUUAAGCGCAGUCAUACGGUUACUUCAUUCGAACCUUUCACUCUACUCUCCGCUCUCUCUUCCGUGACAGAGAAGAUCGGUCUUGCAGCCACUGCUAGUACGACUUACGACGCACCGUACCAUGUUGCCCGGCGAUUUGCUAGUCUGGAUCACCUGAGUGGCGGACGAGCAGCAUGGAAUAUUGUGACUACCGGAAACCCGGAGUCAAGUCAUAAUUUCGGAUUCGAUGAGCAUUUGGCCCAUGGCGAUCGUUAUAAGCGUGCCCGUGAAUUCUAUGAUGUCGUUACGGGGCUCUGGGAUAGUUUCGCCGAUGAUGCAUUUACUCGCAAUGUCGAGACGGGGGAAUAUUUUGAUCCAGCGAGAAUGCAUGUGCUGAACCAUUCUGGUGACGAAUUGAAGGUUCGAGGGCCGUUGAAUAUUGCCAGACCACCGCAGGGAUGGCCGGUUAUUGUUCAAGCAGGGCAAAGCGAGCCAGGACGACAGCUUGCGGCUGAGACUGCCGAGGUUGUAUUUUGCAGUCCGAAGGAUAUUGAUAGUGCCAAGGCGCUGUAUGCGGAUAUCAAGGGGCGGGUGGAGCGAGCGGGCCGGAAGAGGGAACAGUUGAAAAUUUUACCCGCGGCAAUGAUUAUUGUUGGGGAUAGCAAGCAAGAUGCGCAAGAGAAGAGACUCAAGUUGGAUAGUCUGGUCCACUACGACAGUGCCAUCGCUUCUUUGUCAAUCUCACUUGGGGUAGAUGUCAGUGGCCUUGAUCCAGAUAGUUUGUUGCCGGACGACCUGCCCGAGACGAAUGCUAGCAAGACGAGCAGGGAGUCCGUGGAAAAGCUGGCUAAGCAAGAGGGACUGACGAUCCGUCAACUUGCGCAACGAUAUGGUGGAUACUCAGGGCUGACAUUCCUCGGUUCGCCGAGUGAUAUCGCUGAGGAGAUGGAGACGUGGUUGCGUGAAGAGGCUUCUGAUGGCUUCACAUGCACGUUUCCGUUCUUACCACAGGGCCUGGAAGAGGUGACGGAUGGAUUGAUUCCUGAACUGCAACGAAGAGGCCUUUUCCGCAAUGAGUAUACGGGCUCGACACUGCGUGAACAUUUUGGCCUGCCGAGACCCGAGAAUCGGUUCUUUACUGAGGAAUCAUAA